AUGGGUGCUCUCGUUCCCGCUCCAGACGAUCAAGAUCAAGUCCCAACUUAUGAGGAAUUAUACUCCCGACAACCAUCCAAUCCGUCCACGGGCUACUCCCGUGUCCCCAUCACCGAACAACUCGAUGAUCUCGACAUUGAACGCACUCCACACCAUCACCAUCACCACCGCACCAACACCGGAACAACUCCCCCCUCCACCUCCACCGCCAUCGAAUUAGACAACAACAACGACGACAACGACGACGACGACCACACCUUGGACCAAUCACCACCCUACGCCACCCCGUUGACUCCCGGUGACGCCCACACGCACUGCGCCGAAUGCGAUCGGCAGCUUGAGCGGCGCGAGCGUCGUCGCAGUUGUGAGAAAAUGUGUCAUUAUGUCACCGGCACGGUGAUCUUUUCGGUGUUUUUUCUGACAAUUUUGGGGAUUUUUGUGGUUAUGCGUCAUUGA